AUGGAGAACAGCAAGCAGCCAGUGAAAGAGGUGCUGCCACUCCCUCGUCACCCUGCCCCCCCCCUUGCUCCCUCUUCUAAAGGCACCACCACCGGCUCCAUCCAGCAUGUACAGCUGGCCUCCUCAGUGGUGACGUCGUUCAACCACCUGAAGCCUCCAGAGAGGGAUCUGACCCUCAUGUCUCAUAUGAAGUCUUUAAAGUCUCUGAAGCACGCUGGCUUCACGGCUGUCUUCACUGGACAAAUGAGGCUUGACAGUGAGGAGGUUUUAGAGGCGGUGCCAAUCGUUGAUGUGAUCCUGGCCGACAUUGACUCUCUGGUGCCCACGUACGAUGAAGCCGGCCGCCCCAUAGCAGAGUGGAAACGACAGGUGAUGGUGCGGCAGCUGCAGGUCAGGCUGCAGGACGAUGAGGAACAAAGGAGACAGGACACGACUAAUGGCUACACAACAGAGGACGGCUGGAAGUAUUCCGAGGCCCACAACGCAGUCCUGGGGCCUUUCGGGGAACUGCUGACUGAGGACGACCUGGUGUACCUGCAGCAGCAGAUCGAGACUGUGUCCCUGCAGAAACACUGCCGGGCCUAUGAGCUGGAGCUGACCCGGCUGACCGAGGAGCUGAGGGCCAUUUUACCCGACCCCAUUGUCAACAUCUCCCUUAACACUGAGGUCCUACAACAGGUGGACGCAGAGAGCAAAAUACACCUGACCUUGCCUGUGUGGUGCAGUCGUGUCUCCGAGAUUGUUAAGAGCAUGUCUCUGCUGGUGGCCAACCUGAGCCAAACCACAGAAUGCAGGAUACCUCAUAUAGGUAUGGCGUCUGCUUUUAGCCAUCGUUUAGAGGCCAACAGCUACAGCAGAGCGCGGAGAGAGAGGGUGGAGAUGGAGAUCCAACAGUCUGGGGUGUCGGUAAGAAACCUCAGAUCCAACUUCGAAGGUCAGAUUGGUGGCAUUUAUCCCUUCGCUGGCGUUGUGAGUGGAUGCCACGGCGUGAAGAACCAGGCAGUGGUUGGGGCCACAGGAGGAAACGACGCCGAUGGCAGAACGGGAAUCAGCGGUGAUUUAAAUUAUCACGAUGCUCCUAAAAAAGUCGUACCUGUGAUGGAGACUAGCAGCUUGAGGAAAGAGCGCAUAGUGGUGCUGUUCCUGAGCCACUGGAAAAAAUCUGCAUACGCUAUUUCAGUGAGGGCGGCGAGGCGGAGACACGAGCAGGAGGCGGAAUCAGGUCGAGUGACAGCAGCGCCGCCCCAAAAGAAAAUCACCUCCAUGUUUCAGUUCUGCCAGCAACGAGGCGCCGUAGACAAGAUUCUGAAAACCUGGAGGAGUAAUUUCGAACUCAAGGAGGGGCCGAAGUCCUGUUCGUCCUCCUCUCGAGUAACCUACUCCCCAGAACAAUUCCUACCCGAUGUGGACGGCGUUGCGGUGAGCCACGACAGCUUGACCCUUGACCUCUUCAUGCUGGGAUACUUCCACAUCUUAGAGCAAGAACUGUUCCCCGAGGAGAGGAAGAUGAGGCAUCUCCUCUGCUUCGAGGUCUUCGACCACGUCGGCGGUUUCCCCUGGGAGAAGGUGCGGGACUUCCACAAGGCAGUGUUACAGGAAAUCCAGGCCGGGAGGCGACAGUGGAGCGACGGCUUCGAGGACAUCAAAGUUCGCUACUUCGGGGAAUCGAGAACUUGUUACCGUGCAUCAUCACCACCACCAUCGUCAUCAUCAUUGUUGCCAGAUUGCAGACUAGUACCCAGAGUAAUAGUUCAAACUGCUUCUCCAGACGAGUGCAGCAGCGACACACACGCUUCUUGUUUCAACAAUGAAGACAUUUGUAAAUACAUCGACCGCAGCUUUGCUUUCUGGAAGGAGAAGGAGGCCGAGCUGUUUGAUUUUGAACAUCGGUCUUGA